AUGAAAUUAAAUACUUUUUUUUUAAUAAUAAUAUUUAUUAAAUUGGUAAACUCAAACGAAUAUAUAUAUGGCGCAGAUAAUAAAAAUGAUAUUAAAGUUAUAGACCCUUUUAAUUAUGACUCAAGGGAAAAUAUUAUUUUUAAAAGAAUUAUAGACAAUACUCACUUAGAUGUGUUUGGAGAUGAUAAUAUGAAUAACCCUUUUCAUGGACUUCAAUUCCUUUUAAUAUGGCAAAACCAGACUGGAAGAUUAUAUACAUCAAAAAAUGAUCCGAUAAUUAAAAACUACUCUUGGUGGGGGUGUAUGAACUAUUAUUUUUCUGUAGUUCCAUAUUUAUCUGCCAAUAAAUUUAACCUAGUUCCUCAUUUAGAUUUCAAAUUCACUUUUAAAAACAACUCUUUAUUUUGUUCCAAAUAUGAGGAGUGCGAUAAAAGGAUGAUGAAAAUAUGGGAUGAUUAUUUCGGAACUAUAAGUAAAAUUAAAAAUAAUAAUGAAACAAAAUCAUAUUCUGCUGAAGAAUUAUUAUCAAAAAUGUGGAGAGGCCAUCAAAUAGGUGUAGAAAUGGGUUCGAAAGCAUUUAAACAAAUUCAUGAAAACUCUUUAUCUAAACCAGAAAUGAUACUCAGUAAUGGAUGGUUAGCUUUUGUAGAAUUCCUAUUGACACUAAAUUUAAAUACAAACAAAACCAAUAUAUUUAGUUUACAAAAAUCAUUACCUCAUAGGGUUUUAAAUGAUAAUGAUAUAUAUCCCCCAUCAAUUAAAGAUUUUACCUAUGACCAAAAAACCUUUACAAGUAUGAUAUAUACUAUGCAUUAUAUAUCAAUUAAUAAAACUAUUUAUAAUAUAACACUUAAGUUUUUACAAAUGGUUUCAAGUAAUGAAAAUUGCAGAUUAUUAAUCAAUAAUAAUAUUAAUUCAUUUUUGAAUUUUCCUUUCAGUUCAAUAUUAAUAGUUUUAAUAAAGAUAAUUACGAACACUUGUUAA